UUUGGCUGUCACGCACAGUCAAGGUCAAUGGGUUCUUCGUUAGCUAUUACUGUUGGUUUUUUUAUUGUGAUAUGGGCUGCAUUUACAGAAUCUUAUUUCCCUGCUAAUAUCUCCGGCCAAAUUUUACAUCUGGUUGAACCAUUUACUGUGCACACAAAACAUGGAUAUCGGGAUCUUAUUGAAGCUCCUCUUGAAAACAGCUACAAUCACUAUAAUUCGCUGUUUGAAAAGAUGAAGGGGAUUAGCAAAAGAUGUCCCACAAUAACUGCAUUAUAUACCAUCGGUAAAUCUGUUGCUGGUAGGGAACUAUGGGUAUUGUCGUUCGGAAAAGUACCAAAUUACCAUGUGCCUGGAAUUCCAGAAGUAAAAAUCGUGGGGAACAUGCAUGGAAACGAAGCAAUAGGAAGAGAACUUAUAAUACGUCUUGCAUAUCUACUGUGUAUGAAUUACGGUUCUGAUGAGUUCGUCACACUUUUGGUCAACUACACACAAAUCCAUCUUAUGCCUUCAGCUAACCCUGAUGGUUUUGAAAUCGCUCAUGAAGGUGACACAAGUGGCAUUAUUGGACGCAACAAUCUCCAUAAUGUGGAUUUGAAUCGUAAUUUUCCUGACCAGUUUGGAAAAACAAGUGAAAACUUAAUACAAGAGCCAGAAACCAAAUUAAUAAUGCAGUGGUCACAGGAACAUUCAUUUGUUUUAUCCGGUAAUUUACAUGCUGGUUCACUAGUUGCAUCGUAUCCAUUUGAUGGUAGUGCAAAUAUGACUACCUAUUAUUCUGCGUCUCCUGAUGAUGCAACAUUCAAACACUUGGCUUCAGUGUAUAGUCGUGCUCACAAGAGUAUGUUUCUGGGUAGAUCUGGAUGCGAUUUUAAAAUUUUCCCGAAUGGGAUUACAAAUGGAAAUAACUGGUAUCCAUUACAAGGUGGCAUGCAAGAUUGGAAUUAUCUGGUUACGGGAUGCAUGGAAGUCACAUUAGAGCUAGGAUGUGUUAAGUAUCCACGGGCAUCUGAAAUAUCCAACUACUGGGAUGACAAUAAAUAUUCCCUUGUAGUAUUUAUAUCUGAGGUUCAUCGAGCUUUACGUGGUUUUGUAUUGGAUGGAUCGACAAAACUUCCAAUCGGAAAAGCUUCGAUACAUGUGGAGGGUUUAAGUCAUUUAGUCAAUUCUACUCCAUACUAUGGAGAUUAUUGGCGUUUAAUUCCACCUACUGGUGUAUAUCGUGUAUGGGCUUCGAAAAUUGGAUAUUUUGAUUCAAUCAAAUAUGAAGUGAAUGCAUCCCUUCUACCUUAUGUACCAAUGACACAAAGUGAACAGUUAAACUUCACUUUAUGGCCUGAUAAUCAAUUAUCAGCAGAAUGGUCUAGUCAAUUAGAUUACAAUAUCACAUUGAAUCGUUUACCUUUAUUCAUACCUGAAUCAACUUAUGACGAAACAAUCAAAACUAUGUUCACUAAUUUAUCAUAUUCAAUGAAGAAAUAUUUUACACUACAUCAAAUUACUGUUUCUUCAACAAAUAAAAUCAUUUCUACCCUUGCUAAUAAACAUAAUAAUGAUUAUAACAGUGAAAAAUUGUCAACCAUUUAUGGCAUUAGUUUUUCACUUCCUCAUUAUUCACAGAUUAUGCCUAUGAGUGCUCAUAAUGACAAAAAUAAUAAUGAUAAUAAUGGCAAUGAUAUAAAAUUAUAUCCUCAAUUCGAUAAAAUACGUAUUAUCAUUUUAGCUGGUCUAAAUAGUAAAGAAUUAGUCUCUACAGAAAUAGUUAUUCGUUUGUUACGUCAUUUACAUUCCGGUUUAUCUGCUUCAAGUUCGGAUAUUUGGCGUCUUUUAGCAACUAGUCAAUUAUUAAUAUUUCCAUAUUUAGAUCCAUUUGGUAUUCAUGAAUCAUUAUCUAAUGCAAAACAAAAACAAAAUUCAAUUGACCAACAUCAAAACAAUUGUAAAUUUUCUUCAGAAUAUAAUACUGCUAAUCAUUUGGAUCCGAUAUUUGAUAAUGAACAUUUUCAAAAGAUAACUCGUCAAUUUCAACCACACUUAGUUGUAUCCCUUGAAUCUAACAAUUCAAUAAACUGUUCAAUAGAUGAUGAUUUCCAAAGACACCAACAACUACCUCUUACUGCAAUUCAUAUACCAAAAGAUUUCAGCAAAGAAAUUUCAAAUAUUGAUCUAUUUCAUAAUUUAGCCAUUGGUUUCACUUCGUUAGCGAAAUGUCCUACUAACCAGUCAUUCUAUUGUACUGAAACAUCACAGAAUUCGGAAAGUAUUUCGUAUUCUGAAAAACGUCUGUUGAAUUUGUUCACUUCACCGUCAUUGUCCACUUCCCCAUAUUCUUCGCCUGUAACCUCCAGUAAUAACGAUCAAACAGCAGAAAUCAAUGAUAAUAACAAUAAUAAUAAUGAACCUUUUAUUUUACGUCUGGGCACAAGUUGUCAUCCUCAUCAUCUAUCGAAUUGUUCAUAUUUAGAUGCGCAACAAUUACCGGAACUAUGGCAUUCUAUGCUGAUUAGUUUGAAUAGAUUAUUUUCAGCUGUUCGAAAUUUAUCAUUUUGUGGUCAAAUUUUGAUUGAAUCUGGUCCAUUAACUUCAGAUCUAGUAACUCGUUUAAUCGAACACCGUCGUUGGGUUGUAGUUCCAAGUUUACAAAUUAUUUUACAACCUGCAAUGUAUUUUUUUCAACAAUCGAAUAAGUCUGACAAUGAUAAUUUAAUUAGUAGUAAUAACAAUAGUAGUACGUGGUUGUCCGUGAAAAUCAACUCUUCAAAUGGUCGUUUUUGCGAACUUAUUCCUCCAGGUACAUAUCUUAUGUUCGCUUCGGCUGGACCGGAAAAUUCCACUGUUAAUAAUGCUUACGAACAAGUAGCUAUGGCUCUUUCAUUUCAUGUGGAUCGUUUUAAUGGAAGAUCACAUAUUCGUCUUGAAAGGGAAUUGAAUGAAAUUAAUUUCAACGGUCCAGAUGAUAUUUAUGAUCAUAUGCGUAAGCAUACUGUUGAAUCAUUUAAUUCUACAUGUGGUAAAAUGUUUUCGAUUGGGCAGUCGCGUUUAGGUAGACCUAUUUAUGCAUUUCAAAUUGGUCCUAAAUACACCACUUUGAAAUUCAAUGAAGCUAAUCUAAAAACAUCUACAACUACUAACAAUCCAAAUACCAUGAUGGAUUCAGAAUUUCUUUUCGGUGUAACCAAUGGCACAGAUCUUUUAAAUAAUUCAAUGAAACAUCUACCAAAAAUAGCUAUUAUUGGUAAUCUACAUGGUCAUGAUCGAUUAACACCUCAAUUAUUGAUACAUUUUUUAAAUUUCCUAUGUGAUAAUCGUAAUAGUCAAUUAGCUGUACAUAAUUUACUUAAUUCCGCUAUGAUUACAUUUAUUCUUAUACCAAAUCCUGACGGUUUAUAUCAAGCAUGGAAAGAUUAUUCAAUGUUAUCAUUAUCGGAUUCGGAAACACUUGAUGAAUUAUCAUUUGAUAGAGAAUAUUGUCAUCAUACUGGAAGUACUAAUAGAGCUAGUAAAUUGUUCACUGGUUAUACAAAUGAAGCUGGUGUAGAUUUAUGGGAACAAUUAAUUGGUUUAACCGGAAGUAAUUUAACAUUUAGUCAUCAGUGGUGGUGGGAAUCAAAAUCGAAAUUAGAAUUUGCUUAUAAAUCACUUCAACCAGAAAAUUUAGCUCUUCUUAAAUGGUUACAAUUAUAUCAAGCAAAUUCUAUUAUAAGUUUUCCAACUGAUCAACUAUCUGAUAUUAAUUAUGAUACAGAUCCUACCGAAUCUGCUUAUGGUCGUGACCUAAUGUCAGAAAGUUAUAAUUGGUUACGAUUUCUUGGUAAACUACUCUCUCCUAGUUUUCAUCGGCCAUCCUCUAUGUGUACACUAACUCAUUCGUUAUCUUUAAAAGCAUUUUCCAAAAUUUCCGAUCGACGUCGUAGACCUGGUGGUGAUUUUCUUAUUCAUUAUGAUAAUAAAGCACAAAAAUCAACUAAUCGAUUUGCUAAAGCAGCUGCUCUAUCACUUGCUUUAGCUUCUAUGAAUCCGAAAUUAGCUUUAGAAGAAACAGAACAUUUUCAAUUACAAUCAAGUUUAUCAUUUUCACCACCAUUACCAAUUAGGAUGCCGCCAAGUAUUGGUUUAACACUUUGUCCUGGUUGUUUUUCGCCUAGUCCAUCUGGUGUGGCACGUGUAUGGGCAGAUUAUCGAUUUCCUAGUUUAAUGGCUGGUCUCAUUGAGCAUACUAGUUUGAUUGGAUUGGGAAGUUUAGGAUUAAUAGGUCAUGUUCGUGAUUCAAAUGAUCAACCAAUACCAUGGGUUCGUAUACAUCUUGAUUAUGUUCGUAGUGAAUUGUCUACUGGUUCCAGUGAUCAGAAUGGUUAUUUCAGUAUGAUUCUACCACCAGGAAUGUAUCGUUUCACAUUACGAGCUCAUGGUUACUUAGAUCUCAGUGAAAUAAUCAAUGUGGAUAUAUUGAAAAGUCCCAUUUAUCAUGUAUUUUAUAUGAAACAUGUUGGUGGUUUAUCUCCUGCCUAUCGUUUAUAUGUUGUCAGUAUGCUUGCUUCAAUAAUUGCAAUAUUUUCAUGUGGUUUAACUAUGUGUUUAUGUUAUCGUUUCUGUUGUUACGCUCGUACACCAUAUGCAAUUGUACGACGUUCUGUUGGUAAAUUAGACAAUACAACAACAUCAUUCUCAUUAACUAAUCAAAUCAAACGUGGACCAUAUUCAUUGUUAACUGUUGAUACUGAUUUAAAUCAUGUUAAUUCGGAUAAUAAUAAUAAUAAUUCAGAUAAUUGUUUAGAAUCUAUGUUAAAGCAUAACACAACUAAUAAAGCAUAUGAUGUAUUCAAUGACAGUGAUGAUGAUGAUGAUGAUGAUAAUAAUACAGAUGUGAAUAUGAAUUCAUUAGACAAACAAGAGACAAUUAGUCGUGAAAUAAGUCAUUAUAAUGUUGAUAUUCAUCAGACUGGUAAAAUGACAUCAUUAAUUAAAACGAAACUAUUCACUAAACGUAAUAAACGUAUUGCUAAUCGUUUACAUUAUAAAAAUCGUAAAACUAUUUCAAAUUUAUUAAAUACAUCAGCUGAUAAUGAUGCAUUUGAAGAGGUGCAACUUGUUUAAUAAGUUAAACCAAAAAUUCAAUUUUUACAUGAUAACGCACAUCAUCAUAUCAUGUCAUACACAUUCCUUUGUUUUAAUGAAUCAUUCCGUUUAUCUGUUUUUGUACGUGUAUAUCCGAUAGCUUACAAAUUAUAACUUAUUUGUUGUUGUUGUUUUUUAUUUGUUCAAUGAUUUAAAAAGCAAUUUUAGUCUUGAAAUUGUGAUAUUCUUUUUUGUGUUUUCCUUUGACAAAACACUAACGUUUAUUUAUUCUGACUUGUUUUUAUUACUUAUGAGUAGUCGUUUAUAUACUGCUGAAAAUUAUUUCGAUGUCGAUGUCACUUCUUUUUUUUACACACACGCGCACACUCAUAAAUGCACAAAAGACAGAAAAAAAAAUUACGGUUUAAUUCAUUCCAAAUAAUCAAUGCAUUAACAAUGACAUAUUAGAGUAAUGAUUGACUUGUGGUGAUUAGAAAAAAACAUUGACAUUUGACAAAUUGAUACUCAAACAUCGAAGACAUUUUAUGUUGUUUUGUUUUUAGGUUUUUACAUAAAAAAAAAGAUAAUGAUUUAUACUUCACUUUAUGCUUCAAUUUUUCAUUGUUUUUUUAAAAAAAAUAUUUUAUUCAUUUUAUUUUUACAAAUUAUUAUCAUGCCUUUCUUUCAAAUGAAUGUGUUAUGACAUGGUGUGCACUAUUGGAAUAUGUAUUUCCAUUGUCAUCUUUCAUUUAGUGAUAUCAACUUUCUUUGUGUUUGCAUUUAUUGAGAAAAAAAAGUAUUGUAAACUCAUUUAUGUCUUUCUUAUUUUAUUUCUGUUUAUGUGUGUUGUGUAAUUUCAAUUCUAUGCGUUUAUUCAAUGUUGUCAAUUGAACUGGAAUUAUAAAUCAUUAAGUGAAUUAUAAAAAAUUUCGGUGAUUAA